CCUGCGGUGUGUGGCUGAUGCAGGGUGGGAAGGUCAUCCAAAGAACCCAUGUCAGGCGCAUGGGCCAAGAAGGCGCUAGGCGAACUACUUAAGCCCGCCCCUCCGUCUCUCGACCUUCCCCAUCUCCAACUUAUGAAUCGCGUCAGACACUCUUUCCUUUCUUUCGCUUCUUCUAAUUUACAAAACAAUGGCCGAGACUUGUAUAGUCUGCCUCGGCGAUCUCGUCCACCCAGAUGACGGACCACCCGCCACUGAGCUGCAAUCAACGAGCAACUCGCUUCCGGAUGGGGCUGAUGCCAAUCCCGGUAACCCUGAUACGACCACCACGACAGCUUCAGAACAACCAGCUGAGGACGAAAUGGUUGCACACCUGCUUCCAUGCGGCCACAAUUUACACAACGAAUGUCUGAAACCUUGGGUCGAGAGAGCUAAUAGCUGUCCAAUAUGUCGAGCCAGCUUCAACAUGGUCGAGCUCAGCGCACGAGUAGGAGGCCCUAAGCUAUCUGAGUAUGCUGUCAAGGAUAAGCAGCAGAUCGCCGAUAUUGACCCCGCCAUGAUCGUCGACGAGGACUACGCGCUCGAGGAUGACGGUAGUUACGACGCAUGCAUGAUCUGUGAUGAGUUUGGUGACGCAUCACAGCUCAUGUUCUGUCACAGCUGUGAACAACUCUGUCACGUCUUCUGUGCGGGUCUCGACGACAUGCCCACUCGCGGCGCUUGGUACUGUCAGGGAUGCAUGGAGAACCCAGCGCUUCUUGAGGCUGCAACUCGCCGGCGUACGAACCCUCGAGGUCCUGCUGCGUGGAUCAACGGACGCAGCCGUGUUCCCAGACACAAUCGAGCUCCUGACGAAUGGGUUGGGGUGUGGCAGAGCGUCUGGAACCGACUACAAUGGGACAUUGACUUUCCCUUCGAGGAUGAUGAUCAGUCUGAGAAUCAGUCCGAGGUUCUCAGACGCGAAGCACACGAAUGGGAGCGACGCUUUGAGCUCGCUCGUCAGAUGGGUGCCGGAACUCGAUUCCGCGCUGCUGCCGACAACAUUCACUCGCGACGCCGCGGCUCAAACCGCUCCUCACGACCAACCAACCGAGCACUUCACCGCGAGCCACCGAAGACGCCUCGAAACCCAGAAUCACAAGAAGAGAUCAGUGCCUGGAAUCAGUUCGAGAAAGCACGGAGUCAGCUCGUGCAGAUUAGUGAUGCACCUGCGCCACCUGAGAGUACUACAAGCAGUCGACGAGGACGCAAGCGGAAGUCUGCCGAUUCGUCUCCUGCUGGUGCUGAGCCUGUUGAGCAAGAGCCUGAGCGCAAGUUGAAGCGUCCACGAACUCGUCUACACAUCGACAAUGGAAGGGGAGAAUCGUCCGCCUCGGCGGCUCGUCGCCGGACUAUCCCCCAUGAAGAUGGCCCGGACCCGGCCAUGUCGCCGUCUGCCGGCGAAUCAUCGAAUGCCCCUGGCUUUCUUGCAUCGUUAUUACAGGAGGUCGAAGUCGACCGCUUUGCCGAACGCGACAAAGAGAUCGCCGCCCCACAGCCCAAGCGCAUCAUUGUGGAGCGCGCUUGCUCACCCCAGCACUCGUCCCCGGGCCUAUCCCCGGUCUACCAGCAACCUCGUGCUGGUAUGACUACACCACCGCCUCUCAACCUAACACGCCCAAAGUCUCCUGUUGAACAGGACCAGGGAUCGCCCACAUACUCUCCAUACUCGCCGGCCGACGAUGAACGAAUCGGGCGGCGGACACUGACACACCACGCUGCCGGCCUCAGCAGCCCGCCCCGGUCGAAGGACUCUUCACCUUCGCGGGCCCCAUCGCUCUCGUAUUCUACGAAGGCUGAACUACAACGCAUGGUUACUGCAGUCUUGAAGCCGUUAUACUUAAAGAAAGAAGUCACCAAGGAGGAAUAUACUGAUAUCAAUCGUGACAUUUCACGCUUGCUAUACGACAAGGUUGGAGAUGCUGGUGCUACUGCCUUGGCAGACCAGGAGACUAGGGAGAAGUGGCAGCGUAUGGCUGGCGACGAGGUUGAUAACGCCAUCAAAUCGUUGCACGCUGCUGGAGCCGCAGCACUCUCACCAGCCGCUGAGGACUCUGUAUCGUCCUCCUGAUUGCAUUACGUGCUUGAGUCUUUGCUUGUUUAGCGCUGUGGGAUACGGCGCAUAGGUGACACGAAGAUACCACGGGAACUGGCGUUAUUGUACUGUAGAUAAUGUUUAUCGAUGAUUGGGAGAUGAAUGCAUACAUUGUGUAGCUUCCCAAAGAGCUCACGGCACAAUCACGUUUCAGUAAA